GAAGCACCGCACUCGUCGCUGGCGAGAACGGGUGGCUGAGUCCAACCGCCAGUUCUGGGCCGAGCUUGAUUGGGAUGCGGGUGAAUCCCCUCCUGGGCCUUCGCGUUUGCUGCUGCUGGCACCUCGCCUCCCGCACACCAUAGCGAAUGGCCCCGCCAGCGUUGUUACUUCCCCCAGUCCGGGGGGCGCCGCUCACCGUCAGAGAGGCGACCCGGCCAGGCUGCAGCCCUGGCCGGCGCUCCGCGCUACGCCUGAGUGGAGCCAGCUGGUUCUUGACUUUGCUGAGACUGUGGAGGACCAGGAUGAGGCCGGCCUCGCCUACCGUGUCGCCUACGAUGCACUUGACGCCACGCAAGGGGCGUCAUGGCUGGACCCCACCCUCGCGGCUGCCUUCCUCGAGGAUGUGGCGGCCCAGGGGCAGCGGGAGAUAGCGAGGCCCGACAAGGGGCCCCUCCUUAUCCAGGAGCUUCACAUGGGGGACGAGGAUGUCCAACGUCUUAAAGUCGAUGCCCUCUCCCAGGGGUAUCACCUCUUUGUUCCCCCCGUGCAGGGUGCCCGACCUGUCAAGGGCGGCAUCGCCACCCUUGUGCCAGUGCACUGCCAGGGUCGGUUCCGAGGCGGGUACCUCACGGAGGAUGGGGCUGGGUUCGUCCUUGUCGAGCUUUUCAGGGUUAGGCAUUCCCUCCUCUUAGUCAAUCUGUACCUUCGGCCGGGCGUCGGCAUCACGGGGGACCCCAAUGCUGGGGUCUUGGCCACGCUUCGCCCCUAUUUACGGCAGUGCCCUAACUGGGUUAUUGUUGGGGACUGGAACUUCCCAGCUCAGGAGCUUGAGGACACCUCGCUCCCGGACACCUUCAGAGGCUGUGUCCUGACCACUGGCGAGGCCACCAUUACCUCUGGCAACUGCCUGGACUACGCCCUCGUGUCCCGAAAGGCUGCCUCGCUCCUUGCCGCCUCCGUCUCCUGGGACGUCCCCUUUAAGCCUCACGCUGCGGUCGAGUACGUCUUUCACAGUGGGGGGGGGCAGGUUCCCCUCCCCCAGCUGCCUGUUUUUGAAGGCACCCUCUGUGAGGCCCCUGGUCGUAGUGGGGCGGCGGCCUCUGGCAGCGCUUCGGCUAGCUCUACCACCCCCACUGAGCAGAGUGACCGGGGCCUUACUGUGUGGAGGCUGGGCACUUUUGCGGGGGAGACCCUGCCUGACACUGCGGCCAACCGCAGUUUCGCUGCACUUACUUUUGAGCUCGCUGGGGGCAGAGGGUGCACCCGAAGCUGCGUGGUGGCAAAAGGUGCGGCAGGCUUGGGACCCCCACAGGCCGCCCCUGCUCGCUUCGUUGCCCUGAGUGCUAGCUUUCCGCAAGCUGCGCUUGAGCCUCUCCGGACGCAGCUAGAGGAGGAGGGACUCCCCAGCCAGGACCCGGUUGCCUACGUAUGCCCGCCUCAGGCCACCCAGGCGGCUGCCGACGGGCAGCGUGCUUUCGUUCGUGCCGCGUGUGAUAGGGCGAUUGCUGCUGCUAGGGCUAGUGAGACGCGUGACUAUCAGGCUUGGCUUGCUGGGGCUUCUGUCAAGGGCCUCAA